GUCUGCUGGUCGGCAGCCAUCGGCAGCUGUCAAAAAAUUUUUUAUAAAUGUUGUUUUUGUGUCAAAGUCUUUUUUAAAACAAACAAAAUAACGUUAUAUCUGAAUAAAAAGUAUGACUAUUAAGAGUACAAAGAUAAAAUUGCCACUUUAGGAUUACAUCGAAAGUAUUUGCUUCUAUUUCCAUAUCGAAUUAAAUAAACACAAUGCUUUUUGAGGUUAACUUCUAUUUGUCUGACUUCUCAAGUACAAUUAGAAAUUACUUAAUUAUAUACUUCCUGAGAAUGCUUCGUUAAAAAUAUCGCACAAUUUAAUAAUCGGAAAUUAUGAGGAAUUACAUAAGUAGGUGUUUUCGAUUAUUUCAUUUAAAAAUGUCAAGAAUCAAAUGGUUCUUCAAAAGAGUCUCUUGCUACGAAUGGUUGAAUAUCAAAGAAAGGUAUAGACGUCUUCUUAUAAUCGUUAAGUCUCUCUUUUAUAAUGACUUUUUAAGUUGGAGCUAUGUUUGUGAUAUUUUACUUGAACCAAUAUUUUGGUUUGUGGAAAACUUUACAUCUUCUCUCGGUCCAGUAUUUGUGACGAUAGUGAGCUUCUUAAAGGUGUUUAUAGUAUUCAUAGCCUAUUGGAUCGGACUGCCAUAUUGGUGGGACAAAAGUCCAAUAACAACAAUUUUUCUCCUUAUCUUUGGAAAUUGGUUGCUAAUAAACGUUUCCUUUCACUAUUACAUGGGAGUUAAAGUACCGGCAGGUUAUCCACCUCAAGGAGGUUUAAUUCCAGAAGCCGUCAGUAUUUGCAAAAAAUGUAUUAAACCAAAGCCACCAAGGACGCAUCACUGCUCCGUUUGCAAUAAAUGCGUUCUCAAAAUGGAUCAUCACUGUCCCUGGUUAAAUAAUUGCGUAGGACACUAUAAUCAUCGACAUUUCUUCCAAUACAUGGCAUUUACUGUGAUCGGCGUUCUUUUUAUAAUGGUCUUCGGAUUAGAAAUAGCGUACGAAGAAUUCUUCCCCGAGGAUCCAGAAUUAGACGGACAUCCGGUUCGAAUUAAUAAUUCAGUUAUAAUACCUGUGAUGGAAUCUAUGGACCAUAUGACGCAAGAAGAAAAGGAUAAAAUAGCCCAACAAGCGGCUGCAAGAGCGAUAGGUGAAUUCAGAAGGAAAUUAAUUAUUUUCGCUGCAUUAAUUUGUGUCGCGACGCUUGCUGCUCUUGGAGCUUUAACCUGGUGGCACGCGGGUCUCAUUUCACAAGGAGAAACAAGUAUUGAGUCACAUAUUAAUCGCUCCGAGCAAAAAAAAUAUAAAUCCCUUGGGCGAAAGUAUCGAAAUCCUUAUGAUCUUGGAUCGAGGGAAAAUUGGCGACAAUUCUUAGGAUUAAACGGCAGAAAUUGGUGGUUCAUACUGUUUCCAUCGACACACGGUCCCUAUGGAGAUGGACUCACUUGGAAGACUGGUCACAAUAUAAAAAUCUCCUAAUAAAUCAUUCUAUCUUGAAAUUUUGUAAAUAUUUUCUGUAUAAAAUUUUCAACACACUUUGGCCUUUUAAAUAAAAUAAGAAAAAAAAUCAA